CCAACACAUCUCAGUAACUCUUUCAAUUGAAAUCAAAAAUUAAACACGAGAAUUUAUUCUUGAAGAAAUUGGCAGGAAUCUUUUAUAUAGCUAGAAUGAGGCAGGCGCUAUGAUUCUAAUCUACUCUCUACAUCUGGUGUAUAGGAGGUGGCUAAUAACAUGGACCCUGAAAGUAGCUUAUACACUCCUCUCCUGCGGACUAUUGAAUAUCCUCCUACAUCCCCAGUGGCAUCAGCAUCUAUGAAAAUUAUGACCUGUCUGUUGGCUGUUGCUUCCAUCACUAUUGGUACUGUCUAUUUGGAUUCCUGUCCCAAGCAGUACCUGAUCCCAAUUUAUUUGAUUGUCUCUGGUAGCUUUACCCUGUUCUUUGUGAUGAUUUCACUAGUUUCAUGUGCUCCAAAUGAUGAAAGCAAUAUGUUGGCUUUUCAUAGAAUUGGCAGAGUUUGGAAAAGUCUCAUCUCACUGUUUUCCUUCAUCUGGUUUAUAACAGGAAAUGUUUGGAUCUACAGCAUCUAUGAGCCAGAAUACAUUGACAAAACAUCUCCCAAUUACUGCGAUAAAACUCUCUACUUUUUUGCCUUCUGGGCCACUACUAUCACAUACAUCCUCCUUGGGAUUGCACUGUUUCUAGGAUUCUGCGGCUUGCUUUGUGCAUGUGCUUUAGGUGGGACACUGAGCAUCAGGCAAAGAAGCAGUUGAAUUUUGGCUGAAGAAAUCUUGUUCAGUUUUUUGUGGGGGGGGAGGGGAAAAUGUAUCUGCUCACUGUCAAAUAUGUAUGCCUACUGUGGGUGAAAUUUGGUUUGAACUCAUUAGCAGUGCAUGUGUAGACUUUUUUUAUUAAAGCUGAAAACACUGUUCUUUCUACACUACUUUCAUUCUAUGCUCAUAGAAGUAAACUGUGCUUUGUACAUAACUCUGAAACCAAUAGGUGUUUUUAAAAGUUGGAUGUAAAAUUUCUAAUAUAAGCAUGACUUGAUAAUA